AUUACAGCAAAGUUUAGCUUCUAUCUCCGCCAGUGUUCAAGGACCUGCCUACUUACCCGUUUUAGAUCGGUGGGUGAAAAAAAAAUAGUUGGAUAGAAAAAGAAAGACAGAAGGUGAGGGGUUUUGUGUGAGUUUAGCGGAGAGAGAGAGAGAAACUGAGAGUCAGCAGCAAGCGAGAUACAGUGAAGCCCCUGUGACCGUUAAUUUCAUCCACACCGUCUUGGUCGUGCGGUAUACGGUAACAACAUACUGCUGCAACAUCACCUCCGGUCCACCGCCGAGUACCGUACCGGUAAAACACAGGAACGCGAGGAAGUAUAAUCCAUGCCUACUUUCGACAUGGACCCGUAUGACGGAGAUGAAAACGAUUAUAUGCCUCAGGAAGAUGACUGGGACCGGGAUAUGCUGUUGGACCCGGCGUGGGAGAAGCAGCAGAGAAAGACAUUCACGGCCUGGUGCAACUCCCACCUGAGGAAAGCAGGAACGCAGAUCGAGAACAUCGAGGAGGACUUCAGGGACGGACUGAAACUCAUGCUGCUGUUGGAGGUCAUAUCAGGAGAGCGCUUGGCCAAACCAGAGAGGGGGAAGAUGAGAGUUCACAAGAUCUCCAACGUCAACAAAGCUCUCCACUACAUCACCAGUAAAGGAGUCAAGCUGGUGUCCAUCGGAGCUGAAGAGAUCGUCGACGGCAACGCUAAAAUGACCCUGGGAAUGAUCUGGACCAUAAUCCUUCGCUUCGCCAUCCAGGACAUCUCUGUGGAAGAAACAUCAGCUAAAGAGGGUCUUCUUCUGUGGUGCCAGAGAAAGACUGCUCCUUACAAGAACGUCAACAUUCAGAACUUUCACAUUAGCUGGAAAGAUGGGUUGGGAUUCUGUGCUCUCAUUCACAGACACCGCCCAGAGCUCAUUGACUAUGGCAAGCUACGCAAGGAUGACCCCAUGACCAACCUGAACACAGCCUUUGACGUGGCAGAGAAGUACCUGGACAUUCCCAAGAUGUUGGACGCUGAGGAUAUCGUGGGCACGGCCCGCCCGGAUGAGAAGGCCAUCAUGACCUACGUAUCUAGCUUCUACCACGCCUUCUCUGGUGCUCAAAAGGCGGAGACGGCGGCCAAUAGGAUCUGCAAGGUGUUGGCUGUCAACCAGGAGAAUGAGCAGCUGAUGGAGGACUACGAGAAGCUGGCUAGUGACCUCUUGGAGUGGAUCCGUCGCACCAUCCCGUGGCUGGAGAACCGUGCCCCAGAGAACACCAUGCUGGCUAUGCAGCAGAAGCUGGAGGACUUCAGGGACUAUCGACGUCAACACAAACCCCCAAAGGUCCAGGAGAAGUGCCAGCUGGAGAUCAACUUCAACACCCUGCAGACCAAGCUGAGGCUGAGCAACAGGCCUGCCUUCAUGCCCUCCGAGGGGAAGAUGGUGUCGGACGUCUCUAACGCGUGGGGCGGCCUGGAGGGGGCGGAGAAGGGUUAUGAGGAGUGGCUCCUUAACGAGAUACGUCGGCUGGAGAGACUCGACCACCUGGCUGAGAAGUUUCGUCAGAAAGCAGCCACCCACGAAGCCUGGACUGAAGGUAAGGAGGAGAUGCUGCAGGCGCGGGACUUUGAGACGGCCUCUCUGUCUGAGAUCAAGGCUCUGCUGAAGAAACACGAGGCCUUCGAGAGCGACCUGGCCGCGCACCAGGACCGCGUAGAGCAGAUAGCUGCCAUCGCUCAGGAGUUAAAUGAGCUAGACUACUAUGACUCCCCCAGUGUGAACAGUCGAUGCCAGAGGAUAUGUGACCGAUGGGAUGCCCUAGGAGCCCUGACCCAGAAACGCAGCGAAGCUCUGCAGAGAACUGAGAAGCUUCUGGAGACCAUAGACCAGUUGUAUCUGGAGUUUGCCAAGCGAGCUGCUCCGUUCAACAACUGGAUGGAGGGAGCCAUGGAGGACCUGCAGGACACCUUCAUAGUUCACACCAUAGAGGAGAUACAGGGUCUCAGUACAGCCCAUGAGCAGUUUAAAGCCACUCUCCCUGAUGCGGAUAAGGAACGCGGUGCCAUCCUGGGCAUUCACAAUGAGAUCGCCAAGAUAGUGGCCACCUAUCAUGUAAACAUGGCUGGUACCAACCCUUACACCACCAUCAACCCUCAGGACAUCAACGCCAAGUGGGACAAGGUGAGACAGCUGGUUCCCCAGAGGGACCAGGCUCUGAUCGAAGAGCACGCCCGGCAGCAGAACAACGAGCGUCUCCGCAGGCAGUUCGCCAACCAAGCCAACGUCAUCGGGCCCUGGAUCCAGACCAAGAUGGAGGAGAUUGGUCGUAUCUCCAUCGAAAUGCACGGAACCCUGGAGGAUCAGCUGACCCACCUCCGCCAAUACGAGAAGAACAUUGUCAACUACAAGCCAAAGAUCGACCAAUUGGAGGGAGACCACCAACUGAUUCAGGAAGCUCUCAUCUUCGACAACAAGCACACCAACUACACCAUGGAGCAUAUCCGUGUGGGCUGGGAGCAGCUCCUGACCACCAUCGCCAGAACCAUCAACGAGAUCGAGAACCAGAUUCUGACGAGGGACGCCAAGGGCAUCAGCCAGGACCAGAUGAACGAGUUCAGAGCCUCCUUCAACCACUUCGACAGGGAUCACUCAGGCACUCUGGGGGCUGAGGAGUUCAAGGCCUGCCUGAUCAGUCUGGGCUUCGAUAUCGCCAACGAUGCACAGAAGAAAACAGGGAUGAUGGAAGCGGAAGACUUCAAAACCUGCCUUAUCUCCCUCGGUUACAACAUGGGUGAAGCAGAGUUCUCUCGCAUCAUGAGCAUCGUGGAUCCUAACCGGGUGGGCGUGGUCACGUUCCAGGCCUUUAUUGAUUUCAUGUCCCGAGAGACGGCCGAUACUGACACCGCUGACCAGGUCAUGGCCUCCUUCAAGGUCCUGGCUGGGGACAAGAACUUCAUCAUGGCUGAUGAGCUUCGUCGUGAGUUGCCUCCUGAUCAGGCAGAGUACUGCAUCGCCCGCAUGGCGCCCUACUCCGGCACCGACGCCGUCCCCGGCGCCCUGGACUACAUGUCCUUCUCCACCGCACUCUACGGAGAGAGUGACCUCUGAGUGACCUUUGGAUGACCUUUGACCCCUGACCUGGGAGGUUAUGCCCUAUGAGGUCGCUCACCAGUCUACCUGCUCUCUCCACCGCCCACAAGACCCUCCUACUGCCCUCCCAGUGAGCACAAGACGUUGACAAAACGUCCUUUUGUUUGAAAAGAUGUCAAAAAUACAUAUUUCUGGUUGAAAAUAUGUAAUUUUUGGUAAAAAUAUGUUUAAAAAAAUAUGUAUUUUUGAUUGAAAAGACAUCAACAUCUUGUUCUCACUGGGCCAUCACUACAGCCCUGCUCUAGUCUGGGUCCCAGAUCUGUUGGUGAUAUCUUACCAUACCGUCACUCAUCGUUGUCACGCCAGUUUGCCAAAACAUCACAAGACAGAUCUGGCAUCAGGCAAGCUCUGCUCUACAGUGCUCAAAACAGAACAGACAGAUCUGGCAUCAGGCUAGCUCUGCUCUACAGUGCUCAAAACAGAACAGACAGAUCUGGCAUCAGGCUAGCUCUACUCUACAGUGCUCAAAACAGAACAGACAGAUCUGGCAUCAGGCUAGCUCUGCUCUACAGUGCUCAAAACAGAACAGACAGAUCUGGCAUCAGGCUAGCUCUGCUCUACAACACUCAAAACAU